GCUCCAUCCACUUCUGGCUGCCGACGCUUCUACCACAGUAGCUUUUCCCCCUUUUUAAUCUGCGGUCGUUUCAUUUUAACCAAAAAUUAAUCACAAUGGAAGGAAACGUUUGCAACAUUCAGGUGCUGCUGCGGGCUGCAGAGUUUCUGGAGAGAAGAGAAAGAGAGGCAGAACAUGGAUAUGCUUCGGUCCUGCCUCUCAGCCCAGGUCAGUUGGAUAAGAGAAGCAAACAGAAGAACAAGAAGAUAUCUGGUGGUGGCAAUAGGUCAGUUCACAAUGAGCUGGAAAAAAACAGACGAGCCCAGCUGAAGCACUGCCUGGAGCAGCUCAAGAAGCAGGUUCCCCUGUCGUCAGACUCCAUGAGGAACACCACGCUCAACCUGCUGAGACGAGCCCAGCUCCACAUAAAGAAGCUGCAGGAGCAGGACGAGCGUGCAGAGCAGGUGAAGGGACGCCUGCGCUGGGAGCAGAGGGAGCUGAGGGUCCGGCUGGAGCAGCUGCAGAGAGGAGGCGAGAGGUCGAGGAACGACAGCCAGGGGUCCACCAUGUCCUCAGAGAGGUCGGACUCCGACAGAGAGGACGUGGAGGUUGACGUGGAAAGCAUCGUGUUUGACUGCGUGGACUCUGACGGACUGAGCAUUGCACACACCGGUGCAGAUCACUGUUACUCCAGCAUGGACAAGGCCUGGCUAUGACAGCAGUCAAACCUACGGUAACUUGUUUAUUGUCACCUGGUGGACGGACGAAGGAGAAAACAUUCCAAAAAAAAAACAACAAAGGAGGAAGAAAAAAGGAGGAAAAUGUUACUUUUUUUUUUUAUGUCACAGAAGGACUACCAUUUGUCGGACUACAAGCUAAACUUUGGUUAUGAGUGAGACGUGUCCAUUUGCACUGAAUAGCAGUUAAAAUCACUGGGCUGGGAUGGACGCUACAUUACGCAUAUACUGUAUAUUUUCCGACAACAAACAUUAGAGUGGCAUUUUUUUUUCUUUAUAAGCCAUGAUGUGUCGAGCAGUCAUUCUUCUUUAUCGGCUUUGUAAACUCAAAAUAAGGGCUUUUUUUUUUUUUUUUAAUUCCAAACUUUACUACAGUAUGUCUGUACUGAAUUCUGCCUUAAAUCUGAUUCAGUCUUGUAUUCUAUACAGCUUUUCCUUAGCACUAAGUUCAUAUUUCAGUAAUGUCAUGUUUAGCAUGCACUUCAACAUUAAUUAUGUGCUAUGUUUUGUCCUUUUAUAUAAGUUCAGUCAUUUAUUUCGCUCUUCUUAUUCUGUUGCACAUAACGUCCACACGUUGCACUUGUUGUGUCUCAAAAAGAUUUUUCGGGUGUAUCAAAACGACAAUAACUAACCGGUCAUAUUUGCACAAAGAUAUCUGGCCGUUAAGUAACACUGCCGAAUAUCAAUUUGAUGUACUGGUGCGCAAUUCAGCGUGUAAUUUACGUGCAAGGAUUUCGAUGCCUGUGUUUAAGAGAAAUUGAAAGCAUUAAGGGGCUCCUUGCGCAGGUCUAAUGACAGUCAGUUUUGUUCACUGCUAAUAUAUUAACUGAUGUGUUUCUUAGAGGUGUCCGCCGUCAGAGCUGUACACUUCAUCGCUUGUGCAUUUGUCAGUUACGAUGCUAAUUACAGCAAAUUCACCAGUCAGACAGGCAAUGUCCACUUGUAAUGAUUAUGCAAUUUAUGCUGUAUUACAAGUAUCAUAUUCAUUUCUAUAUAUUUAAAAAAAAAACUGAAGGUGCUUUUUUCCUUCACUUUUGUAUAUGCAAGAUGCCUUAUUACUUUUUUUUUUCUAUUUUUUUAAUUUGUCUCUCCGCCCAGUAAUAUUAUGUAGCAUUUUUGUACUGGUGUAAGCUUUUUUUUUUUUUUUUAAUGAAUAAAUAUUUUCUAUAUUUAA